AUGGAACCUCCAGAGAUGGAACUCACCAACAGUCAGCAAAGCUCAUCUGGCACAUCCCUCAGUAACAGACGAGUAAAGAAAGAAUUUCACCACUGCUCACUGUGUGGGAUAAAUUUCACUCGCAAGGGAAAUCUCCAGCAACAUCAGCGCAUUCAUACGGGAGAGAAGCCGUAUCACUGCUCUGACUGUGGGAUGAGUUUCAGUCAGAAUAACACUCUCCAACGACACCAGCGCAUUCACACAGGUGAAAAGCCCUAUUUCUGCUCAGACUGUGGGAUGAGUUUCAGCCAGAAAAGUAAUCUCCAUCAACACCAGCGUAUUCACACCGAAGAGAAGCCAUACCUCUGCUCACACUGUGGGAUGACUUUCAGCCAGAAGAGUAAUCUUCAACAUCACCAGCGCACUCACACGGGAGAGAAGCCAUAUCAGUGCUCAGCCUGUGGGAUGAGUUUCAGUCAGAAGAGAGCUCUCCAACAGCACCAGCGUAUUCACACAGGAGACAAGCCUUAUCAGUGCUCAGACUGUGGGAUGAGUUUCAGUUGGAAGAGCAAUCUUCUACGACAUCAGCGCAUUCACACAGGGGUGAAGCCAUAUUACUGCUCAGAGUGCGGGAUGAGCUUCAGUCACAAGAGUACUCUUCAACAGCACCAGCACAUUCACACAGGAGUGAAGCCGUAUCGCUGCUCAGACUGUGGGAUGACUUUCAGUUGGAAGAAUAAUCUCCAUCGACACCAGCGCAUUCACACAGGAGUGAAGCCAUAA